GGGGACACACACCACCAGCCACAUAAAUAGAGGUGAACAGCAUUACCAAUACUCAAAUAAUAAAGCAAUACUCUAACCCACUGAUUAGCAAACAAAUAAAAUCUUAACCUCCCCUUUCUCCAAAAAGCAUUCACAUUAAACCAACAUUCCCCACCCCAUUUAACCUCCAGCUGUUACAAAUCCAUGGUGAGUGGGUCCAUUGUCCCCUGGGAAUGGUCCAGCAUCUCCCCUCUCCCUCUAGGGGAAAGGAGCAGCAAAGCAAGAAGAUGGUAACAAAAGUUUUGCCUGCUUUGCAGUUGACCCUCUGCUUUUGGUGGGGAUGCUGUUUCCAUCUGCAGUGGCUGUCCACCAAUUUAAGUUAUCCAAAAUGCCAUGCCCAGGCUCCAUGGGCGUAGCUAUGGGGAGGCAGGGGGGCAGCUGCUCCCCCAAUCAAGUAAAUAAAUAAAAAUACUUAACUAAGUGACCAAUUGCAUUGCAGAUAACUCGGUUCUGCCCCCCGAAAGCUUGCCCCCUUAAAAUAAAUCAUGGCUAUGCCCAUGCCUGGUUCCCAGUAAGAUUGCAGGUGACCAGUGGUACUGACCACCAUGGAAAGGAGCCAGACAUGAUCUGCACUGGCUACCAAUUAGUUUCCAGGCCCAAUUCAAAGUGCUGGUUUUGAUCUAUAAAGCCUUAAACAGCUCAGGAGCACAAUACCUCAAGGACUGCCUCUCUUAAUAUGAACCUCUCCAGACCCUGAGAUCAUCUUCUGAGGCCCUUCUUCAUGUGCCUCCUCCUUGAGAGGUCCGGAGGGUGGCAACAUGAGAACUGGCCUUCUCUGCAGUGGCUCCCCAUCCAUGGAAUACUCUCCCCAGGAAAGUUUGCCUGGCAUCUUCAUUAUACACUUUUGGGUGCCAGGCAAAAACAUUCCUUUUUAACUUGGCCUUUAGUUGACCUGAUUGGCAUCCUAUACCCUUUUAAAAUUUGGGGUUUCUUGGGGGGGGUUGUUAUUGAGUUGUUGUUUUUAUUUUGAUUAUAUAUUUUGUAGUUUUAUAUUUUGAUUUUGUUAUGUGAACUGCGCUGAGACCUCCGGGUAUAGAAAUUCUGUUGUUGUUGUUGUUAUUAAACCUCCCAUUCCAAAGUGCCUCGGCUGAAGCAUAUCCAGCGACCAGGUGGCAGAGGAAGAAUGCGAGUGCUGCCACUCUGUGGCCCAACCAGGGCAAAGAACCGGCCCUCCUUGCAGGGCUGGAAGGCCCAUAACUGGCACUAUGCCCAGGAAUGCAAAACUAGCCCUGAGCGUUUGCUCAGAACAUAGAACACCUCAGAGGUCAUCCAGCUUUGUCAUAUGUAAUAUCUGGAUAAAAGGAAACAUAAUAUAACAGAAAUUUCGUUUUGCUAUCUGAAAAAGAGAAAUAUUCUAGGAUUUAUAGGGCAGUGCUGUUCUGAAGUAAGGAGGAGCUGGAAAGGAAAAGAAGAGAUGGGAUUUUAACGCCUGAUCCACAGGGGCGCAUUUCCGAUGUUUCUAAAACAAGCGCCGCAAUACACUCUCGUGUUUCUGCUGCAACAGACUAACAAAGCUUCCCCUCUGGGAUUUAUGUACUAAACUAAGCUUCUAGUCGGCCUUGCUUGUUUCUAUGUUAGCCUAUGCAGGUUAAUUGUAUUAGAUCGCACAAGGUGUUCACUCCGAGGGGUCAGAGGAAGCCCAGCCCGGCUCCUCCGCCCGGAGGAUUCCCUCGACGCGUCGUCCCUAUAUGGGGAAAGCUACGAGCGCGGACGGGCCCGGGCCACCUGUUGCCCCUCCUUCUCGGGGAGACGGGUCCACCUCCCCCAGCCUUCCCGCGACCCUAUAGGGGACCAGAGUCUCACGCACGCCUGGCCUGACCCUGCCCAUCCCGCCAGGAGGCGGCGGCUAGGCUUCGAGCGAGCCGCUUUGCAGACACAAUCCGGCCUUCUCAGCAAGCGGCGGCUGCUGCUGCUGCUGCUCUUGCAAAGCUGGAAGCUGCUGUUUCACUCGGCUGGUGCUGACUGCAGAGCGGCGUCGGCGGUGCUCCAUCUGUCGCCCCAGCUGCGGCGACCUGGGAGAAGCUUGUGGGCAGGUAGCAGAACGCAGCCCUCUGGCAGCGGGCUGGGAAAAAGCUGAGCGGAGUGCCACGGCAUGAGAGGUGCUACGGAGAAGUGGCAUGAGACUAACGUGCCCUUGGACCAGUUCAGUUGCCUGGGGAUCAUGAGCACAAAAGAGAAGAAUUGGGGGGAAUAGAGCGGGGAGCUCUGAGAUUCAUAGAGAAGGAAUGUGAUUUAGAAUCUGUUAUCAGCAUUGAAGGAGCUGUGGGGCCCGUCCCUGCCCAUUUAAGACGCCAGCAAAGCAGGACAAGGAGCCAAAUUCGCCCCUACCCCUGCAAUCAAACUUGGAAUCACAACGAUUUUUGCCUAGAGUCAGAGAGAGUGGGAAAAUUAAGCACUGGGAAUGAAACCAGUGGUGGUGGCGGAAGAAUUGGGUUGGCAACAGCAAGACUGGGCAGUCAAUGGAGAAAUCUUGGCAGGGCUAGGAGAAAGUUGACCCUGCUGUGGGGACAGGCAAAGUGGAGCACUGGUAUCUGCUGACAUUUUAUGGAUAUCUGAAGGGGAACUGAAACCCCAACAGGGCUGAGGAGGCAGGAGGCACUGUCAAGUCCUCAGAGCGCAAAAGGGAGUUGAAGUGAGGAGAGUUGAGUAGGACAGAAAGCUGUGGUUGUCCCUAAGGAGGUAGAACAGAACAGGGAGAAGUGACUUUAUUGAUUUCUGCUGCGGGAACUUCAGAUCUUUUUAUCAUGGAUGUCAGUGAAGCCUGCAUCUCACUGUUUGUGAUGGCAGUUACAAUGAUGGUCACGGCUGGCUGCAGGCGACUGGUCAGGCAGUCUCAUAAGUCAAAUAUCCUCUGCUUCUUCCUUGAGUUAACCGGCAUCUUCCAGAUCUGUGCCUGUACCCAUGAGAUUUGUCUACUGGCUGAUUUGCCACCCAAACCCCAUGUGGCACUUGCCCUCACUUACGUUAUCACUGCUCUUCAUGGUUUGACUUUGCCUGGCAGCAUCAACAACCCCUCCAGCAGCUUUCAACUUUUCUGCAAGGGUAGGAUCACGGCCAAGACUUGGUGGCUACAGACUUCAGCUCAGUUCACUGGAGCAGUAUUGGCUCAUCUUUACAUCAAAUUAAUCUGGAUGUUGGGGAUGACAUCAGUGCACUUAAAGACAGCAGCGGAGAAUUGUAGUACCCCAAUUCAAACUACCUUAGCAAAAGCUUUUGUCCUAGAACUCCUAUUCUCUUUAUUGCUGCAUCUGACCUUACAGACCUUUGAAUCAAUGAAUCCCAACACAAAGGUCCAUCUAAUCGCCAUGCUGAUUACCAUUAUGGUAUAUGAAGGAGGACAUCUCACAGGAGCCAUAUUUAACCCAGCUCUGGCUUUUUCUUUGCACAUAAGUUGUUUCGCUGAGCCUGAGAAAUUUUGGAAUUAUUUAUUGGUAUACUGGGUUGCACCAUGCAUAGGGUCCGUGUUGGUGUUUUUGGUAUGGGAUGAAAUCCUUCCUUUGCUACACAGACAACGGUAAAAUGGUAAAGCAAGGUGAUGUUCAAAAGAUUCUGUUAAAAAUGGAUGUGAAGAGACUGGACAUUAGAAUCACUUUGGCAACUUUCACGUGAUUCUUUGGGGAGUAUCAUUACAGGACUCUACAGCACAGUAUUUAUCUGAAUUGUCAAAAGCAGAGCCAUGUAUUUCAAAACUGGAAGAAUUUGUUAACGUAAUGUUGUUUUUAAAAAAUGUCUUCUGCAUCAAAAUAGUUAUAAGAAAAAUAGAGAACACUUCUGGUAACCGGAUGCCUGUUUCACUUCUGCUUGUGUAAUUUAGGCAAGCUUCUUUUACAAAAAUUCACCUCACUUGAACCUGCCUCAAGUGACUUACCCUGCACCUUUUAUUAUCCAGCCUCCAUUCCAAUUCAAGCCUGCAUCUACAGCCACAGAAGUGCACUUUAAGGGAAGGAGGGGGAAAACAGUAUCCAAAACUUGACACACUUUCAAUAUUAAGGCAAGGUAAGUAUGAAAAAGGGAGAGGUGGACACAGUACAAAAUGUUUUACUAAGGCUCAUGUCAAGUAGUUGUGGAUCUGUAACAGGGAAACUCCUCCGUAUGCCAGACAAAUAAUUUAAGUUGCUACAAUUUUAAGAUGUCUGUUAGGAAGCAAGCAAUGCUAAGCCUAGCCAACAUUCACUGAUACCUGUUUACAAAAGCCAUUUAGAGCACCAUACGUUUAAGGCAUCUCGUGUGCCACGGUAUCAGAAUUAAUUGUUCUAAUGGCACAGACUCAGCAGGCAAGGACCAAAAACGCAGAAAGCAGGCCGAGGACAGAAAGUUUACGUCUCUUGGUGAUCUCUUUAUAUUUCCAUUUUUUAAGAAUGAAGUUAUUUGGAAAUUAAUGUAGUGCGUCUCUGAAGGUGGCUAUGCAUCACAAAAGACAUCCAGACAUUUUAUCAGUUAAUUGGUUUCACAAAUGUAGCCAGGAUUUUGCGCUUCAGUAAAAACCUUUAAUGAGGAAUUUGCAUAAAAUUCUGGAACAGAACUGAAGGUAGCGAACACUAGGUUUUUGAUUAGCAACACAAAUCUGCUAUAUUAAUUCACAUCCAACGUUUUUUAAAAAAUAAUUUCAGCAGCCAACUUUUGCUGUAUGCUGCUGUUUUGCCUACAAUCAAGAUCCAUGUUUCCCCUUACCCAUGACAGCCUUUCCCCACCAUCCGGUUCUUAAGUCGGUGCUCACAUUUAGGAAUCUUGAAGGACUUAUGUCAAUAAACACUACAGUACUGACCUAUUCUCAGGUCACAGAAGCAUGCUCUAGAAAUCCAACUCAUCUGAAAUGACAGCUGUGAGGAAUACCUGUUAAAAAAAUUAAGUCUAACAAUGUUUGGUGGGAGGGACUGUUAUUCUCAAGGGUCCACUUUUAUGUUGCAAUGAGCUUUGUUCUUAGCUGAUCUCUAAUCUCAAACGAAAGCUUUGCGAUGAUGUGAGGUGAAGCCUUAGGAAGAAUGGCAGAGUUCAUGUGUCAAACCUUUACAGAGUUGGUAUUUAUCAGUUUUUCCUGUAAAGUAUUAAACCUCCCUGUUCUGCAAGAACUUGUAAAACUGACACUGUUUCUCAGCUGUGCUAUAGAAACAAACUGUGGAAAUAAGGUACCAAGUUGCCUCUAUGGCAAAAGAAACACAAAAGAUCUCAGUGUCUUCAGUUCAAAGCCCUACAUUAGUUGGCUCAGAACCUGUGACCCUGAAUCUCAGUCCACUGAACUCAACGGAGUUACACAACCGUAUUGACUGGAAUUUGGGCACCGUGGAAAUGCUGCCUGGAAAAUAACUGGAGCCUAAUUAAGUAGCUGCUACUUAAGGACAAAAUGUUGACGUCUUUUUGAAAUUGUAGGAAAUGGGUAUAUUUUCUUCACAAUAAAAGAAAAGCCUUUUAUUCUU